AUGCUCCAACUAAACCCAUCUCAACUCGAUCACUUCAACACCCAAGGCUACCUCAUUCUCCGCCAAUCCGAGCACGACCUCAUCGACCCAGGCACCCUUCAGCAAUGGACCAGCGAAAUCCGCUCCCUGCCCCGUGAACACGGCAAAUGGAUGCCAUAUGACGAAGUCACCGCCACCGGCGAGCGCCAACUAAUGCGUACGGAGAACUUCGCCGACUACCACACCGGCUACUCUUCGUUGCUCCACGGCGCGGCGCUGCGCGGGAUCCUAGGCCAACUGACGCGGGAUGAGAUGUUGUUGUUCAAAGACAAGAUCAACUACAAACUCGCCGGCGGGAACGGAUUUAACGCCCACCUCGACGCUCCUGCCUAUGACCAUAUCGGGUUCAUCGAGCACACUACCGCGAACUUGGCCGUGGAUGCCGCGACCAUUGCGAACGGGUGCGUGGAGGUUGUGCCAGGGAGCCAUCGACUGGAUGUGGAGCUUGCCGAAGGUGGGAGGAUUUCUGAGGCCUGGGAGGACUCGCAGACGUGGAAGCCGGUGGAGUUGGGGGAGGGUGAUUUGUUGAUUUUUGGCAGCCAUUUGGCGCAUCGAAGCAAGAGGAAUGGGACGAGCAAGGCGAGGAGUAGCGUGUAUGCGACGUAUCAUAUGCGGAAGGACGGGGAGGAUUUGCGGGCGAGGUAUUAUGCCGAUCGGAGGGAGAAUUUCCCGCCGGAUCAUGAACGAGUGCCUGGGAAGGACUAUGGUGCUGGCGUGAAGAGGUAUGCGUUUGCCGCUCCGUUCACAAGGGUCGACGAGGCUGCGAGGACGCAGGAGGUCUUGUAG